UUAUGGUAAUGUAAAUGCUAUUGACAUUGAAUGACAAAACGUUAAAUGUUGUUUCAUCGAACGAGUUACAUAAAACGAUAUGAAUGUAAAUAAAUGAAAAUGCUUGAAGUACUUAACGAAAUUUUUAAAAGCAUUUAGACAAUGUAAAUAUUGUGCUUAAUACCACCCAUGAAUGAAAAGGAAGAAAUCGUUUAUUUUUCUGUUGAAAAAUAUUUUAGUAAGAAAAGAUGGGAAAGAAUGUGUAAUUAUGAACGGAAAGUUUAUGCCAAUAAGAAAAGGAAUUUUGAGCUGUUACUGUCUUUAGGACUUGAACCUGAAAUGCCUGAUUUUAUGAAACAUAUUAGAAAUGAGAAUAAGAAAUUCUACCAGCAAACUUUGCAAAAUAAUCGUACGAAAGAUAUAAAAUCAAAUCAACAUAAAGCAUGCCUGGAUAAAGAAGGAAUCAGAGAGCAAGAUAAUAACAGUGUUUCAGGUUUUCAGAACUCUCCUUCAGCAGCAGAAUAUUUCAAAAAUAUGAUUCCAAGAACUGAAAGCCAUUUAGAGAAUUUGACUUCUCUGAGUGUAUUAUUAGAAAAACACAUAAAACAACAAGAAAGUUCUGCCGUCUAAAUAAACGAAAUAUUCUAUUUUUAAAA